AUGACGUUACAUGGAGGACUUCUCCACAAAUUUGCAAACUUCAACCUAAAGGUUGUACUACCAAUAGUUUUAAUUCUAUACUUCUAUGUACAAUUGAAGGGGAACGUCCCGUGUGAGGCUGAGUUGGAACCAGUCUGUGAGCGGCAAUCAACUGAUGGCGCAUCUGCAUCACAGACUAUGGCCGAAAUUAUUCAUGAUGAUGGACAUUUCCCGUACAAAGAUGAGGAGGCUUUGCGAAAUGAGAUGCAAGCAGGGCGGCCAAGGUGUGACUGUCCCGAACCACCUGACUGGUUAAAACCAGUCAACAAAAGACGGAUUGAAGAAGGAAAGAAGUGGGAAGAGCAAAAGAAGAAGCUAAGAGACCCUUUGUCUAUGUGUAAAGCCAUGUCACCAUUGAGUUAUGUUGGCAUCGGUAUCACUGUGGAGCCGUAUCAAUUAGUACCAAUAAUUGGAUUGUCUCUUCAUCCAUAUAUAGAACAACUGUUACCGGACAUGAAUACAGACAUUAUUCUCCAAAUGGCAUCUACAAAGAGGUUGGGAAAACCACGUUUAUCUAAAAAGAUAUAUGAAAUAGAAAAAGACUCCCAACAUUUCAUUGUAUCUGGUGAGGUGUCAUAUGUAUUGAAAUUGAAUUUGAAGAAAAAUAUAAAAUUGCUGAAGGAAAUUCUAAAUAACAAUAUUCUUUAUUCGAGUGAUAGUUACGAGUUUGAUGUCCGCGACAAAUUACAACUUACAUUCAUAGAAUUCACUGUGGACAUUUAUGUGCACAUCCGAAGAGAAUCGCUGCCAGACCUUUACGACCCUGGAGAGAGGAAUUCGAUCACCAACAAAGUCACAGUGAUAACCAAAACAUUCGAAAGGUACGAUGCUCUCGACAAGUUUGUGUCCAGUAUUCGCACAUUUUACCCGAAUUUAACAAUAAUUAUUGCAGAUGACUCUGAGUUUCCAAAACCCAUUAAAAAGAAUCAUGUUAAAUAUUACGUCAUGCCAUUUAGAAAAAGGAAGUUUCCCAGGAAAAAAUCUCGCCCUCAGCCAGGUUAG